AUGAAAAUAAUUCUAGUGAUUAUAUUGUCUGUAUUUAUUUUUCUCACGGUCCUUGGUAACACUCUGGUUAUGGCAGCAUUCAUUGUAGAUAAGAGGCUUAGAACUCGGAGCAACUUCUUUCUCCUGAAUUUGGCCAUCUGUGAUUUUAUUAUUGGUGCUUUUAAUACACCCAUAUUCUUACAAUACAUGUUGACUAGAAAGUGGAGGCUUGGAAAAAAUCUCUGCAAACUGUGGUUAGUUGCUGACUACACAAUGUCCACUGCCUCUGUGUAUAAUAUUGUUCUAAUCAGCUACGAUAGAUUCUUUUCUAUAAUCCAGGCUGUACAUUAUCGCUCUCUUGAAAAAAGGCACAGCAUAACUCUUAUGCAGAUGACUACAGUCUGGGUGAUGUCUUUCCUUCUCUACAGUCCAUCUAUUCUCUUUUGGGAAAGUGUUUUUGGCGACAGUUACAUGCCAGAAGAUAUUUGUAUGGCUGGAUUCUUUGACACUUGGUACUUUCACUUAACAACAUCAAUCUUUGAUUUUAUUUUGCCAUUAAUAAGUAUAUUAACUUUUAAUCUCAUCAUCUACUGUAGCGUCAGCAAACGCAGCAGGAAGAAAAGACAACAGUCUGCUCAUGAUCCAUCACGAGGAAAGGCAAAAGACGUGAAGCCAUUCAUCAUAGCAACUAACAUAAUGCUGCCAUCUAUUCAUGUGAUUGAGAUAAAGAAUAUUACUUCACAUGAGAGUACUGUCAUUGAAAUUCAAAUGCAAAGGGUGGAUUUGUCAAAAUUAGUGUAA